AUGGAGCUCUUGCUCCUGCUAUACUGGCUUGGGGUGUUCCUGUCUUGUUCUGGACACAUCCAGGCUGAACACCCCCAAUAUCACACCACGCCAGAGGUGGUGAUACCCAAGAGAGUAACUGGCACUGCCAGAGGCAUGGAACCUCGAGGCUGGAUAUCCUACAGUCUCUACUUUGGAGGCCAGAGACACAUUGUCCACAUAAAAGCCAAGAAGCUUUUGUUGUCCAAACACCUACCAGUGUUUACCUACACAGACCAGGGGGCUCUCCUUGAGGAUCAGCCUUUUGUCCGGAAUGACUGCUACUACCAUGGUUAUGUGGAAGGGGACCCAGAAUCCUUGGUUUCUCUUAGUACCUGUUUUGGGGGCCUUCAAGGAAUAUUACAGAUAGAUGACUUUGCUUAUGAAAUAAAGCCCAUGGUGUUUUCUACCACAUUUGAACAUCUAGUCUACAAAAUGGACAGCGAAGAGACACAAUUUCCAACCAUGAGAUCUGGAUUUGUGCAAAAUGAGCUAGCAGGGCAGAUGGAAUUUGAAGAAAUGGAUGAUUUAACUCUGAAGCAAAGUUCUCCUGAGGGCUGGUGGAUCCAUUUUAGGCGUAUUGAAAUUGUAGUUGUGAUAGAUAAAUAUCUAUACAUUCGCUAUGGAAGAAAUGAAUCAAAGUUACUGGACGAUCUAUAUGUUAUUGUAAAUAUAGUAGAUUCCAUUAUUGAUGUAAUUGGUGUUAACGUGUUAUUAUUUGGUAUGGAGAUCUGGACGAAUAGAAACCCAAUUGUAGUAGACGACGUCAGGAAAUCUUCACGCCUAUUUUGCGAGUGGAAGUUGGAAAACAUUGUUCCUCGGAUACAACACGAUACUUCGCAUCUCUUCAUAAAUCGAGGAUUAAGAGGUUUAAGUGGCUUAGCUAUAUCUAGAAGCAUAUGCCAAGCACAAAGGAGUUGUGCAGUUGUAACCUUCAUGAACAAAACUCUGGGCAUUAGUGCAAUUGCGGUGGCUCAUCAUCUAGGUCAUAAUAUGGGCAUGAACCACGAUUAUUAUACAUGCAACUGUGCACAACGUAAGUGCAUAAUGCAUGAAGAUAACCCACCAACAACAAGAUUUAGCAAUUGUAGUCAUGCUUUUUUUUGGCAGUAUACUGUUGAGAAGACAACGUGUUUGUUCGAAAAUAUAUACACGGUGGACAUUUUUAACCGGACACGCUGUGGCAAUGGUGUUGUUGAAGAAAAAGAGGAGUGUGACUGUGGACCUUUAAAGAAUUGUGCAAAAGAUCCUUGUUGUAUGCCAAAUUGCACCCUGGUUGAUGGAGCUACUUGUGCUCAUGGACUUUGCUGCAAAAACUGCAAGUUUUUACCAUCAGGAGUAUUGUGUAGAAAGGAAAUCAAUAAAUGUGAUCUUCCAGAGUGGUGCAAUGGAACUUCCCAUAAGUGCCCAGAUGAUGUGUAUGUGGAAGAUGGAAUUCCCUGUAAUAUCAGUGCCUAUUGCUAUGAAAAGAGAUGUAAUGACCGCAAUGAACAUUGCAGGCAGAUUUUUGGCAGAGGGGCAAAGACUGCAAAUCAGACUUGCUACAAAAAAAUAAAUACCCUAGGUGAACGUAUAGGUCACUGUGGUAUCAAAGGUGCUACAUACAUAAAAUGCAAUAUCUCAGAUGUCCAGUGUGGAAGAAUUCAGUGUAAGAAUGUAAAAGAAAUUCCCUAUCUGAGUGAUCAUACUACUGUGCAUUGGGCUCACUUCAAUGAUGUCACAUGCUGGGGUACUGAUUACCAUUAUGGAAUGAAAGGACCUGAUAUAGGUGAAGUGAAAGAUGGCACAGAGUGUGGUACAGAUCAUAUCUGCAUCCAGAAGCACUGUGUCCAUAUAGCUAUCUUGGAUAGUAAUUGUUCACCUGCAUUUUGUAACAAGAGAGGCAUCUGCAACAAUAAGCAUCACUGCCAUUGCAACUAUCGGUGGGACCCUCCCAACUGCCUGUUAGAAGGCUAUGGAGGUAGUGUUGACAGUGGCCCACCCCCUAGGAGAAAGCAAAGAAAUAAAUUUUGCUACCUGUGUUUAUUGUUGCCUUUUGCUUUGUUUGUUUUAUGCUGUUGCCUGUGUAGGCUUUGUAAGAAAAAAAAACCUAUACCCAAUCAGCAAAAUGUCCAGACUCCAUCUGCAAAAGGAAAGGAAAAAAAUCAAAGUCAACCUGGCAGAUUGCCUGCCAAGCGUCAAAGUCAACCUGGCGGAUUGCCUUCCAAGAGUCAAAGUCAACUUGGCGGAUUGCCUUCCCAGAGUCAGCGUGGGAAACCAAAGCAAUCCGUACCAAUUUCAAAAACUGUAUCUCAAAAAAGUAUUCAUUAA